AUGCCGCUGGACGCGGGGCCCGCGCUCCGCUGGGACAUCAACGACCCCCAGAUGCCGCAGGGGCCGCUGCCCUUCGACCGCUUCUGCGAGUGGCCCGACGGCCACGUGCGCCUGGUCUACCCGGGCGACGAGCGGCGCGCGCAGCGCCACCUGAGCGGCUGGGCCAUGCGCAACACCAACAACCACAACGGCCGCGUGCUCAAGAAGUCGUGCCUGGGCGUGGUGCUGUGCGCGCGGGGCUGCGCCGGCCCCUCGGGGCCCCUCCGCCUGCGCCCGGCCAUCUGCGACAAGGCGCGGCGCAAGCAGCAGCGGAAAACCUGCCCCAACUGCCACUCGGCCCUGGAGCUGGUCCCCUGCCGAGGGCACAGCGGCUACCCUGUCACCAACUUCUGGAGGCUGGAAGGCAACGCGAUAUUCUUUCAGGCCAAGGGGGUCCACGAUCACCCGAGACCAGAGAGUAAGUCAGAGACGGAGGCGCGGAGAAGUGCCCUCAGGAGACAAGGGCCCCUUUUGCAGCAGCCCCAGAGAAGGAGACUUCGGGAGCCGGAGGCAGGAGAGAAUCACGACAGCGGUGCCCGACUGGUCCACAUGCCGCCCCCGGCAGCUCCAGAAGCCUUUGACGUUCCCCCGGGGCCCAGCUGCCCCUUCCUGGACACGGAUACUUGCAGCCUUCCCUGCGGCCUGGCCCUGCGGGAACGCCCGAGGCUGCCCCUGCAGAGACCCUCGGUCCCGGGGCCACACAGCUAUGGCCUGGCAGCUGCUGGGCACAUGCACCCCAGCCCACAGCCCCCGUUCUGCAGAGAUGCCGGCCGGGCCCCCCGCGACGCGAGCUGGGAGCCCCUGGCCGUGCGCCAACACAGCCUGCACUGGGGAACCGGCAGGAGACAGCCUGGCCCGCGGCCAGUUCGGGACCCCCCGGCACAGCUCCUGGAAGGGGCCCCCGGGCCCCCCUGUUCCCCAGAGCUUCCCUGCAGGUACCUCGUGCCUCCCGUGGCCGCCGGGGCUCCGGCCCUGCACACAGUGAUCACCACGACCACCAAAGUGUGCUACCAGCCCCCUGCGCUGCCACACUGUGACCAGGCGUGGGAGGCUUCCGGAAACUUCUCUUCAGAAGCCCUGGACCUUGUAGCUCCCCUCCCCGGGGUGGCCUGUCCCGCGGGGUCACUGCCAGGGAAAGGGCCCGGAGAGCGCCAGGCCUUCUGGCCCACGCUGACCUCUCCCCAGGAGGUGGCCCCCUCCAGGAAGGACGGGCCGGGGGCCUGGGAUGCCGGCAUGUGGGGCCUGGGGCCUGCGGCUGGCCCCUCCGACGGAAGACACCAGAUGUGCCACCGGCUCCUGGUGGCCCGGAAGAUGGAGAAGGUGAAGAAACGUGGGGCGACGCUCACCGAGACCACGCCCCCCGAUGGGCGGGGCAGCACGGUGCUGAGACCACGCCCCGGCCGCACGGCCACGCCCCCGUUGCCAGGGAGACGGAACACACAAGACGCCGCGGAGCUUCGCCCCGGCCAGCCAGGCGGGGGCGCGGGGCACCGAGCUCGGAACCGGCCCGGAGUCCAGCCGGAGAACCGGCGGGCCCGGCGCCGGCGAGGCGGAGCGCGGGCGGCCCUGGGGACCCCCGGCCUGGGGGCCCGCGAGGGUCCGGCCGGGGAGCGCGGCGGCGGCGGGUCCUGCGGCGCCCACGCGGGUCCGGCCGGCACAGAGGGCCCGUGGGUGCUGCCAGCCGCCCCGUCCCGCCGAGAGCUGUUCAUGCAUAGCGAAUGUGACUGGUAA